ACGAGGAGUUUUCGAAAGAAGCAGCUCAAAACGAGUGUGUGGUAUUAUUGCCGCGGUCGAGCUCCUGCAGCCACCUUUCAGAAGAAUCUCAAAACUGAACGAAACGAUGAAUGAUCAGAGCACGGCUGUCGGCAGCGAAGCCACGACAGCUACGAUAGCAGCUGAGAAGGGAGAGCAGGCAGUGGGCGACGCAAACGCUAUCCCAGGGGGGAAAGCACCUGGUAGCAAAAUAGACGAUACCAUGGUUGAGAAGGAAGGAAAGAAUAUAGCUAAAGGAAAGGCGCAAGAUCGGCAGAAAACAAUGGUGAGCGGUGCAAAAGCAAAGGCACAACAGCAGAAGACAAUCGAAAAUGAAGGGCAACAGGAUCUUGUUGAUGCGAAAGAGAAGAAUACCGCCGACGACAGAAACAGAGAACUACAUCCCUUCUUGAAUAGUCUAGCAACAGACGAUGGUUCCCUUGUAGGCACGGAGACCGGCAUUUCGCAAUUGCUUUCCCUACCAAUGUCACUGCCAGAACCGGCGCCACCAAGACCAGCUGAAGAGGGGCGGCCAGGGGCUUUUGCCGUGCGUGUUAACCCAGGAGUAACAGCAGGAUCGGAGAGUCCAAGUCGGAACAAUCAAUCACAUCAUCCAAGGCAUCAAGACCCCACCCGGCUUGCCUCCCAGGAACCCUACACUGCAACGGCGAGGUUGGUCACAGAUCAGGACAACGCCGAUAGGCUCAGGGCAGAAUUGGAACAAAUCAGGUCAGCACCCACAGCAGAGGUGGUCAGCACAGAAGAGCAGCACAAGUGGGGCUUUAUGACUGGAGCAGCCAUUGUGCUUGCCACUGUGGUUAUCAUUGCGUUCAUUGUUAUGGUGAUCAUGGAAUCCAGUACAGACAACAACACGGAUACUGAACAGGGGAUACACAUGCCAGCUGAUGUAGAUUUGGAUAGCCUCAAUGUCACCACAUUGGGAGGCACCAAGUUGCUGAAGCCAAUUCUCAAAAGCAUAAAAGACCGUGGGUUCAUUCGCUGUUGGGUAAACGGGAAUGAAAUUGACCAAGGUCAUGGACUAAGCUUGGAACUGUGCAGUGCUUUGUCAGCAGCAAUCUUCAAUGGGGACCCCAACAAGACAAGCUACUCUGUGGUUGCAUUUCAGGAUUCAUGGGCCAACCUUGACAAUCUCACGAUUGACGUUGUGACAGCACACAUCACAUUCAAUAUGAGACGGGAUGUAUAUGAGCAGUACUCUGAAAGGCCAAAAUCCUUUUCCGUACCAUGGUACUUCACUGGUGUCUUGUUUGCCGGUCAACCUGACAUGGUGGAUUGUGCUCAAAAAGGAGACACUCUCACAGGUGUCUGCAGAGAUUUGGUUGUAUGCGUGUAUGAAGCCACAACCACCAAUGAUGUUGUCCAAGCACACCUUGAUGGAUCUGGUAUCCACUUGCUGCACAGCUCUGACAGCCCUGUAACAGCAUUUGCAGAGGGGACCUGCAAUGUCAUUGCUGCAGAGCCCCAGGAGCUUUCAAAAUAUCCUGUCAGGGAUGCUGGAUACACUGGUGAAUUUGUAAAGGGUCCCAAACUGUUAUCCAUGGAACCACUGGCCAUGGUCACCACAGGUGGUGACCCCCAGUGGACAGAUUUUGUCAAUUCCGUCCUUCAGGCCUUUUUCACUGCAGAACUAGAAGGCAUAACCCAGCAAACAGCCUCUCUCUUCCCCAAGGUUGAUUGGUUUGGAGAGGAAUAUCAAGACAUGUACCACCAUGCCAUAGCCGCUGUAGGGAACUGGGGAGAAAUCUUCAACCGAACUUUGGCUCUUACUAUUCCAAGGACUGGCCAAAACUUGCUUGUGAGGGGUGUCCAGGAAAAGGCUGGGCUGCUCUACUCCCCUCCACUUUCUGCAUUGAGCUUGAACCCAGCACUUCAAACUCAAAUCCUUCCACAAGUGGUUCCAAAUGGCACCCUGCAGAUGAUUGGUCAGAGGGGAUACCUGAGGUGUGGUGUAUUUCCUGACAGGCCUGGAUUUGCAGAAGAAGCAAACGCGACUUGGGUUGGCAUGGACGUGGACCUCUGCAGAUGUUUGGCAGUAGCUAUAUUUGAUGGCAGUGAGUUGGUGGAAUUUGUUAUGCUGGAGGAUCCUACGUCUGGGUACCUGGCACUGGCCAAUGACAUGGUGGAUGUUGUGGCAGGUAUGCCAUAUUCCCUGCAGGCUGAUAUCCAUGAGCCAGUUACAAUGAGAGGAUACGGCUUCAGUCCUGUUUAUUUUUAUGGUGAAGAAGGGGAGAUGCUGACUCUGGUUACCAAUCAGGAUGCAUCUCAGUGGUCCGACUUUGUCAGGUGGAUUAUCAAUGGCCUCAUCUAUGCUGAGGAGAGCAGCAUUGGAAAAGUAGACGCCUCUCGCAUGCCUUCGGUUGAUCUAUUUGGUCCAACCUACAGUCUAAUGUUCAAGUUGAUGGUUUUGAAGCUUGGAAAUUAUGGAGAUAUCUAUGAGGCAAACUUGGCAGGGCUGAUCCCAAGGCAAGGGCACAAUUUGCUGAACGAUGGAAGCACCCCGCUGAUAAACCCACUCUCUAUUGACCAAUUCCACAGCAACUAGUAGGUAGCAUUGGUUCUUUAGCGAAAAUUCUUACGUUUGUAAUCACUUCAUCACUUCAUGUAUUUGUAUUUGAAUACCAUGUUACAUAUUCCCC